AUGAAAAUUCUGCUGUUUGCUUGCAUUGCGGCAUUGCUAUUUGCACAAGGGUCAAGUUCAAUAUUGGUGCAACGAGGAAAAGUUGGCCAGACCAUAGAAUUGGAACUUGGUGUUGAAGUAAUGGAUGUUCAAGCCGAAGUUCAGAAAGCUGGUGAUGGCGAGGAAGAUCGUAUGUAUAUCGUAAAGAAUGGAACGAUCACCGACUAUGGACUCAAAAGAUACGGUGACCGAUUGUCAUUCAAAAAUGGCACAUUAAUAAUUGAAAAUUUAACUGCAAAUGACGCGGUCUCAUAUUUCUACUUUCUGUACGGUAACCCCCAGCAGCCAGCGGCAAUUGAUGUUGUAAUCGAAUAA